UAAUGGGAAGUCUCAUCUGCUGGAUAUUAAGCACUUUAGUAAGUAGAUCUUUCACCCUUACAUCUCUGCCAUUGGUUCCAACUGCUGCAAAGCCUUAAACAGCAUAGGCACCAGUCAGGCAUUGGGCAGCCUAUCUCAAGUCAAGAAAGGACUUGUUCAGCCAUUAAGAGAUAAAUCUACCACUUUUCUGCUCUAGGACAAUUUGCAAGAUUCGAGGCGGCGUUCCAUCCUGUCUCUCUGGGCAGCGAUCAUGGGUGGGCGCAACUUCUGGACGCUCUUGAGCCUGGCGACCUUGCUCAGCUACAGCGAAGCGGUGGAGCAGAGCGAAUCUCCGCUGCGCCUGGCAGGAACAGGCGGGCAGAGCCCCGCUCCUCUCGGGACCAAAGUCCCCCAGACCGUAGGACGGCAGGACGAGAGCAGUUCCUCCAACCUCUCCCAUCUGGCUGCUACGGCUGGUCGGGGUGACCAGGUGCCUUCCUCCUUGAUGUGCACCAAAAGAAUUGAGAUCAAGAAAUGGUGCAAAUUUAUCACCACGGUUAUCGCUUGUGUGGUCUUCGUGCUGGGCAUCAUCGGCAACCCCACGUUGCUCAUCAUCAUCUACAGGAACAAAUGCAUGAGAAACGGGCCCAACAUCCUCAUCGCCAGCCUGGCGCUGGGUGACCUGCUUCUCGUCAUCGUGGACGUCCCCAUCCACUUGUACAAGCUCCAUGCAGAAAACUGGCCUUUUGGAGUAGAGAUAUGUAAGCUGGUCCCUUUCAUUCAAAAAACAUCUGUGGGUAUCGUGGUGCUAAGCUUGUGUGCGCUCAGUAUUGAUAGGUAUCGGGCAGUAGCUUCAUGGAGCCGUAUCAAGGGAAUUGGAGUGCCAAUGUGGACAGCAAUAGAAAUCAUAUUGAUUUGGACCGUGUCUCUUGUUUUGGCUGUUCCAGAAGCAAUAGGCUUUAAUAUAUGUACUUUGCAAUAUGGAGAAGAAAACUUGAAUGUGUGUAUGCUUGCUCCCCAUCAAGAAACAUCUUUCAUGCAGUUUUACAAGAAAUUUAAAGAUUGGUGGCUCUUUAGCUUUUAUUUUUGUUUGCCAUUGUUAACCACUGGACUUUUUUAUACGCUGAUGACCUGUGAGAUGUUAAGAAAGAAGAGUGGGAUGCAGAUAGCUUUAAAUGACCACCUAAAACAGAGACGUGAAGUGGCCAAAACUGUGUUCUGCUUAGUGCUUAUUUUCGCACUGUGUUGGCUCCCUCUUCACCUGAGUAGGAUAUUAAAGUUAACUCUAUACAAUCAGAAUGACCCCAACAGAUGUGAGCUUUUGAGCUUUUUGCUGGUGAUGGAUUACAUUGGCAUAAACACAGCAUCUCUGAAUUCCUGCAUUAAUCCCAUUGCUCUCUAUUUUGUGAGCAAAAGAUUUAAGAACUGCUUUCAGGACUACCGAACGUUGUUGGUGCAAAAGUGUACCACGACCGCUGACUCUUCCCCAGCUUAUCUACAUGGUGCCCACAAUCAUCGCACAAGGAAGUCAUGUCUGUGUUGCUGGUGUCAGUCCAAAGAGAUGUUGUCCCUGGAAGAGAAACAGACCUGUCUAAAGUUCAGAGCCAACGACCACGGAUAUGACAAUUUCCAUUCUAGUAACAAGUACAGCUCAUCUUAAGCAAAAAAUGUACCCAUAACUCCUAUGUUAUUUUCAGGGCCUUGCUUUGGGUAUGGAUUACAAAUGACUGUUAUGAUAAAGACAGCUGGUUUUUUGAAACCCCUCCAGUUUGGGGUUUGCACAAAAAUCAAAUUAUAUAGCACAUAGUCUGUACUAGUCAUAAGAAUGCAUGGUGUCUAUAGCUAUUUGAACACCAGAAGACACCAAAAAAGACCCUUGUUAAAGCACUUAAACUCUUCAGAAUGAGCUCUUCUGGAUCACCUUCGAAUCCUUUCACUGAAAUAACUGUGUGUGCACUGGAGUGGCCCUGGGAGCCCAAGCAAUAAUUCUUAAUCUACAGAGUAUAUCAUGAUCAACCUUGGGAUCAAGCCAGCUUUGUCUGCAAAUCACUGUUAAUUUUUUUUAACCACAGACAAAUAUAUAUGAAGUAUACAACCCCACAUAAAUGUUCAUUUGGUAACAUAGUA